CCAUCGCCGAUUCAGCAUCCAGACCGCCCCCAGAUGUCCUGCCAAAGCGAGCCACGAAGCCAAGGACAAAUCUGUUCAGAGGAAAAUCAAGAAAUCACUGCGAAGUACGGAAUAAGGCAAUACCUGACCGCGAAACUACGUGUUGACACGCUCGUCGAACUGCAACUCUUAAUCCUCACAUUGAGCAUCGGCAUCCAAGAUGCAAUUGCAUUCCCAGAUUUUCACUGCUUUGCCUCAAACCAAACUGGAAACACGGUCGUUCUGGCUCUGGGUGCAGCAGGCAUCGGUGGUGAUCAAUUCAGCCUGGCCAAUGUUGGCAUCAGCCUCAGCGCUUUCGUCACGGGGUCCUUCAUCACCGGUCAAAUUGCCAACUCAAUCGGCCCAUUCCGAAGGGACUGGCUUUUAUUCGCACAUAUGGCGCAGACCCUUCUGGCUUUUGGCGCGGCAGCUAUCCAGUGCGUGAAAGGUGAAGAGGGCGUAGGAUCUGGCCCUUGGGCAAUGGGGUCCAUUGCCCUGCUCGCGUUUUCGUCAGGGGCCCAAGUGGCGUCUAUGCGCCCGAUGAAAAUCCAGGAAAUUACUACCGCCAUGGCCACGGCGGCUUGGGUGGAUUUCGUCAUCGAUCCGAACCUAUUAGCGGCGUGUAAUCGCUCCAGGGACCGGAGGGGGUUGUUUCUGCUCACACUGAUAGGGGGAAGUUUUGUGGGAGCCUACAUGUAUAAAUAUGUUGGGCCGGGGGAGACCUUGCUCUUUUCGGCGGCUGUCAAGCUUCUGGUCACAUUUACGUUUCUAAUAAAUCGGGGGUCUCGCCAGUGA